CAGCUCCGGGACCAGGGACCCCGUGCGGCGCCGCGGCGGGGGGGCGGGAUGGGGGACCGGAGGGCGGGAUGCCGGGGCCGGGGGGGGACGACGACGACGACCGAAGGGGCGGGAUGCCGGUGCGGAGGGCGGGAUGCCGGCGCCGGGGGCCGGGCCGGGCGGUGCGGGGCGGGCGGUGGCUCUCGGGGCUGCCGGGCUGCUCCGCUCCUGCCGCCGCCGCCGCCGCCGCCGCCGCCGCUCCGGGCCCGCCCGGCCAAAGUCCCUCCGCCAUGAGCGGGGCCGCGGGCGGGCGCCGGCCGGCCUUCCCCGGCCUCCCAGGGGAGCUGGUGCUGGAGGAGGCGGCGGGCGCCCGGCAGCGCUGCGGCGACGGCUCCGUCCCCGGGACGCUGCUCUGCACCAACCGCCGCGUCGCCUUCCUGCCCGCCCAGGCCCCUGGCUCCCGAGCCUUCCUCCACAGCGAGUACGACGUGGCGCUGCCCUGCAUCCGCAAGCUGGUGGCAGCCAGCAGCUUCACCAAGCCCAAGGUGCUGACGGCCGCCUCCACCCUCAAGUUCAUCCCCGAGGAACUGGCCGUUUUCUGCCGGGAUUUCCGCCUGCUCCGCUUCCACUUCCACGAGAACGGGUUGGCUCCGCAGGCAUUUCGGGUCGCCAACGCCAUCGCCCAGGCGCGGGAGGCAGCUGCGUGGCUGGGGGACACCGUGGAGGGACACGAUGGUGGCCCUGCUGAAGCCCAAACAGAGGAUGAGGAAGAGGAGGAGGAAGAGGAGGAGGAAGAGGAGGAAGGCUCGGCCGCCACAUUGCUCUUUGAGAGCCUGCGCGACUGGGAGAAGGAGCUGCAGCGCCUGGGAGCCGCGGGCUGGAGGGUGAGCGCUGUCAACGAGCGCUUCGACAUGGCCCCCAGCCUCCCCCGGUACCUCUGGGUGCCCAGUGGGCUCCUGGACCACGACCUCAAGAGGAUCUUCGCCCACUUCGAGGAGCGCCGGGUGCCCCGCCUGUGCUGGCACCACCCGGGCGGCGGAGACCUGCUGAGAGCCGCCAGCUUCCACGCAGCCUCCGAGCCAGGCAGCGAGGACGUGAGGUGCCUGGAAGCUCUCUUGCUGGGGGGCCGGGGGCCCUGCGUGUUGGCUGACGCUGCCGAGCUGCCCACCCUUGCCGACAUCCAGCUUGCCCACCUCAAGCUGCGGGCACUCUGCCUGCCUGGCGCGGCGGCGGACGAGAAGUGGCUCUCAGCCCUGGAGGGGACGCGAUGGCUGGACCAUGUCCGCACCUGCUUGAGGAAAGCCGCAGAGGUGGCGUCGCUGCUGGCGGGGAGACGCUGCUCUGUCCUCCUGCAAGAGCCGUCGGACCGGGACCUGAACUGCCUGCUGGCCUCGCUGGUGCAGCUCCUGGGGGACCCCCGUGCCCGCAGCCUGCCCGGCUUCCAGAGCCUGGUGCAGCGGGAGUGGGUGGCCGCCGGGCACCCCUUUCCCCGCCGGCUGGGGCUCCUCCGGCGCGACAGCCCCCGAGAAGAGGCCCCCGUUUUCCUGCUGUUCCUGGACUGCACGUGGCAGCUGGUGCGGCAAUUCCCGGCGGCUUUUGGCUUCACCGAGGCCUAUCUCCUGGCCCUCCAUGACAGCAGCUUCGCCCCUUACUUCAGCACCUUCCUCUUCAGCUGCCAGCGGCAGCGGGGCCGUGGCAGCCCGCACCGGCCCCGCAGCCAGACCUACACGCCGGUGAAUGGCUGGCGGGACCCGGCCCCGGGGCGGCAGCAGGGGGGUGGUGGAGGCAGCGCUGCCCGCGGGCUGCCCCCGGUCUGGGACUGGCGGCUGCGUUACAGCCCCCAGCAGCGGGCCCGGUUCAGGAACCCGGCGGGCGCUGCCGGCACUGCGGGACCCCCCGACACCACGGGACCCCCCAACACUGCAGGACCCCCCGACACCGCGGAGCCCCAGACCCCGGGCAGGCCCACUGAUGCCUGGCCAGGGCCGGGGGCCGGGAAUGUGUUUGUGCUGACCAAGGGGACGUUGUCACCCCAACCCUUUCCCUGGAGGAGCAGCCGCCCCCCGCCGCGCCUGUCCCGUUGGGCCCCCUCCUUGGAGAGCCUGGGCGAGCGGGGGGGCAGCCCCGCGUCCAACCGGUCCCCCGUGCACCCCCCGGGGCUGCUGCUGCCCUGCGCCGCAGGACCCUCUGUCCGGCUCUGGCGACGAUGCUACCUGCGGGGUCUGCCCGAGGCACAGCGCGGGCGCUUUGCCCCGUCUCCGGCCGGCCUGGCCGAGGAGCUGACGCUGCUGCAGGACCGGCUCCACGCCUGGCAGGCACAGGGACCCCGCACCGAGGCCACCAGCAGCCCCCUGGCACCCUCUCGGUGAGGGGCCCCGCGACAGGACACCCCCCCCGCCUCCAUGGGGACACAUGGCUGCUGAGACGACACCCCCAGGGCCCCCUCCGGCCGCACAGGUUUUGGGGGACCCCCAAAACUGCUCUGCACCUUCUGCCAUCGCCUUUGAGUGGUUCCCACUGCCUCCUCCUGCUCCUUGCCGGGGCACGGGGCAUUUUGGGCCUGGAUCCUGCCUGAGCUGGAGGAGGCCGAGCCCCAGAGGUGCCCCCAGUUCUUGCCGGACGCGGCAGUUUCUUGUUUUUUUUUUUUUUUUUUACAUGAAAUUCUUGCUACCUCCGCCAAGGCUCCACGGAGCCCAGGGCUGGGCUGGCCCCAUCCGGACCAGGGGGAGCAGGAUCCAGCCCGAGCGCGGGGUAUUCCCGGGGGGGCUUUCAUCCCCAGGCUGUGCAGGGACCCCUGGGCUUGGCCGAUACGGUGGGGCCGACA